UACGUUUCUUUCUUGAUUUUUAUUGUUGGCCUGGGUCAAUUAAAAGAAGAACCUGUAACCCAAUCAUCAGUUCCAUCAUCAAUCUCCUGUCUCCAGCAUUGGAUGAACAGAGAGCCAAAUUUUUCUUGCUUCUGCAGAAUUGUAACAUAGUGGAGCUUUUGGGUAUGGGAAGCGAGAAUUACAAGUCCCUCGACUGUAUCACCACCGCUGAUAUAGCGGCCUUGGGCAUAGCCUAUGAGAACGCCGACGAACUCCGCCGCCAGCUCGCCGGAAUAAUACAAAAUUGCGGCUCUGGAACCCCCCAAACGUGGCAUAACAUCACCAAGCACCUUCUUACUCCGGAGCUCCCUUUUUCUUUCCAUCAAAUGAUGUACUAUGGCUGCUACAAAUAUUACGGGCCCGACCCUCCUGCUUGGUCGCCCGACCCUGAUGACGCAAAUUUGACAAAUGUUGGCAAGCUACUGGAGAAUCAUGGAAAAGAAUUCUUAGAGUCAAAAUAUGUGGAUCCUAUUACAAGCUUCCUUGAUUUUCAGGAAUUUUCCGUCUCGAACCCUGAGGUUUAUUGGAAAACUAUAUUCGGAAAAAUGAAUAUCUCUUUUUCGGUUCCUCCCGUAUGCAUUUUGCAUGAGGAUUCUACUCACCCAGGGGGUCACUGGCUUCCAUGUGCAAUGACAAAUCCAGCGAACAAUUGCCUGAGUCUGAAUGCUGAGAGGACUCUCGAGGAUAUUGCUGUGAUAUGGCGUGAUGAAGGAGAUGAUGAAUUGCCAAUAAAUAGGAUGACCCUCACGGAGUUACGCAAAUCAGUUUGGCUUGUUGCCCAUGCAAUAGAAACCCUGAAAUUGGAGAAAGGCUCUGCAAUUGCCAUAGAUAUGCCCAUGGAUAUUAACUCUGUGGUGAUCUACCUGGCCAUUGUACUUGCUGGUUAUGUAGUUGUGUCCAUUGCUGAUAGUUUUGCACCAGAUGAAAUAUCUGCAAGGCUCAAAAUAUCGAAUGCGAAAGCAAUUUUCACUCAGGAUCUCAUCAUUCGCGGUGAUAGAAAACUUCCUUUAUACAGUAGAGUUGUUGAUGCUCGAUCACCAAUGGCAAUUGUAAUUCCCACCAGAGGCUCCAGUUUCAGCCGGAUAUUGCGCGAUACUGACAUUUCCUGGCAGAGUUUUCUUGAGAGAGCAUAUGCUUCCAAAGAAGUUGAGUUUGUUGCUGUUGAACAAACAACUGAAGCAUUCACAAAUAUUCUUUUCUCGUCAGGGACUACAGGGGAGCCUAAGGCAAUCCCGUGGAAUCUUGCAACACCUUUUAAAGCUGCUGCAGAUGCUUGGUGCCACAUGGACAUUCGCAAAGGAGAUGUUGUCGCUUGGCCGACUAAUCUUGGGUGGAUGAUGGGUCCUUGGCUUGUCUAUGCUUCAUUAUUAAAUGGGGCUUCAAUAGCUCUAUAUAAUGGAUCCCCCCUUGGUUCUGGCUUUGCCAAGUUUGUGCAGGACGCUAGAGUAACAAUGCUGGGUGUUAUCCCUAGUAUUGUGAGGGCUUGGAAAAGCGCUAAUACAACAGCUACUUAUGAUUGGUCAGCCAUCCGUUGCUUUGCAUCCACCGGUGAAGCUUCAAAUGUGGAUGAAUACCUCUGGUUGAUGGGGAGAGCUCGAUACAAGCCUGUGAUUGAGUAUUGUGGUGGCACUGAAAUUGGUGGUGGAUUCGUUACUGGUUCAUUGUUGCAGCAUCAAUCACUAGCAGCUUUCAGCACUCCGGCGAUGGGCUGCAGUCUGUUUAUUCUUGGCGCUGAUGGAUUUCCAAUACCACAGAGUGGACCUGGAAUUGGUGAACUAGCACUUGGUCCACAAAUGUUUGGAGCUUCAAGCACUCUACUGAAUGCUGAUCACCAUGAUAUCUACUUCAAGGGAAUGCCAGUUUGGAAUGGGAAGUUUCUCAGAAGGCAUGGUGAUGUCUUUGAGCGCACGUCAAGAGGAUACUACCGAGCACAUGGCCGUGCUGAUGAUACUAUGAAUCUUGGGGGUAUAAAGGUGAGCUCAGUUGAGAUUGAGCGCAUCUGUAAUUCAGUCGACGCUGGUGUUUUGGAGACGGCGGCAGUUGGAGUGCCACCUGCUGGUGGUGGACCUGAGCGGUUGGUAAUUGCCGUUGUCUUCAAGAAUCCUGACAAACCAAUAACGGACUUGAUUAAUCUGUCUGCAUCUUUCAAUUCAGCCCUGCAGAAAAAACUAAAUCCUCUAUUUAAGGUGUCCGAAAUCGUUCCCCUACCUUCUCUUCCAAGAACAGCGACAAACAAGGUUAUGAGAAGGGUCUUAAGACAGCAGUUCUCUCAAGGUGAUCAAAACUCCAAACUGUGAAACAAGGUUAACGAAUUUAGUUUCCAGGGCCUCGUUUGGGGAUAUGGAUCGACCUUUUCUUCUCAGGCAUAAUAUUAUAGGAAAUAAUCUGAACUGAAAAUAUGAAGUUGGUGUUUUUUCAAUUGAAUUUCAAAUGAUGAGAAGAAAAAUUUCACCAACUUGUGGGAAUUUGAAUGGGUUUCGGAACUGUGAGAGUUCACCAGACAACUGAAAAAUGCCAUAUCUAUAGAUGCCAAUUGAAAGAUUACUUGUUUUUCAGAAACAUGGUGGUAUUUGUAUGUAUAGUUUCGUACUUGGAUUAGGAACUUGCCCUUUAAUUUGGUUAAGUAAAAGAAUAUUCCUAGUAAUUUAUUUUGUAUUUGAAUA